UCGCAUAACACAAUACCUCUUGUGAGGUCAUUUACUGAUCGAAGAAUAUUUUGGCCUUUAAUUUUACUCUUUUUCUUCACUAUGCUUGUGCUCUGCAUUGCAAUUAAACUAAAGAAAUCGAAGGAUCAUUAUGAUUCAGACUUGCGACCUCUUGUGUUGGGAACAUCUAUGUUGGUGUUGCCGUUUAUACCAGCGUCAAAUUUGCUUUUUCCUGUUGGAUUCGUCAUUGCGGAACGUGUUCUUUAUCUACCCAGUGCUGGUUUCAUCGUUUUACUAUGCCUGGCAUGGAUUAAAGUCGGAGUUAAACUUCCAAAAUGGAAGAAAUCUUUAAACCGUAUGAUGGCGCUGCUGAUCAUCUUUUAUUUUAUACGGACAAUGAUGAGAAACAUGGAUUGGAUUUCUAGGAAGUCUUUAUUUCUUUCAGGUCUACAAACAAACCCAGCUAAUCCCAAGAUCCGGUAUAAUUGGGCUAACUAUCUAAGAGACAGCAACCGGUCGGUAGAUGCUGCUACUGAGUAUGAAGAAGUACUUCAACUUUAUCCUGGAUACGUUGCGGCAAUGAACAACCUCGCUACUAUAUUGGAGGAAACGCCAACUACUGCGAGAAAGGCAGAAGAAUUAUACGUGAGAGUAAUUCAAAUGCGACCGUGGCAUGAAAAUGCGUACAACAAUCUUGCCAACCUGCUUGUAAAACGUGGAAAAUAUGACGAUGCAGUCAACGUACUUGUGCGUGGAGUUCGAUCUUCCACCAAUUACAUGACACAUGCACAAAACUUGGCACGCGUUCUUGUGUCACGAGGAAAAGUCGACAAAGCGGAACAAAUAUACAAACAUAUAGUUGACCAUUUUUGUUUCAAGAAAUCCAAACGAAAUUGCAAUGCCCAGGUCACUGGUUUAUUACAAGAUUAUGGGAGUUUGCUGGCCAAUAAAGGAGACCGGAGAGAAUCAUUGAAAAUGUAUAAACUUAGCUUUCAAUCAAACUCAAGCAACUUGGAAAGUAUGGCAAAGUUUGCUAACGCAUUAGCUGAAGCAGGACGAGUGGAGCAAGCAACACAACUUAUUACUUAUGCCGUUGGAAAAAACAAAGAACAUGUCGUUGAUAUGUGGAAAAUUGCUGCAACAUUUUGGAAAAUGAACAAAUUAAAAGAGAGCAAACGAUUAUACGAAGUGUCUGUGAAACUGCACCCGGAAAACCUGGAACUUAUUGGACAAUAUGCCGCAGUUUUAUUCGAAACUGGAGAACACGCUCCGGCAGUAAAACUGCUGAAAAACCUGACCGCAAGAGAUUCCGAAUGUCAAAGUGAAGGCGUGUGGAGAAACUUUGCUUCAAUCCUGGGAAGGCUUGGAAAACACGAUGAGGCUAUAAAGUUAUUACUCCGAUGCUUGGAAGGUUUGGAAUCAGUUACCAAUAAUUCUGUGAGUGAAAUAAACGUAAGGAAAGGAAAAAUAAAAUGUCAACUUGGAAAACACAAACGUGACCUUUCCAUCUUAUUUUCUCGUCGCAAUAAAAUAGAAGAAGCAAACACCCUGUGGAACCAAUCUCUACAGGAUUUGGAAGAAGGUUCGAGUCUCAACCCUGGUGACAAAGAUUGCCCAAUUACUCUGAAACAAAUGACAAACCAAAACACUUCAACAUGAUUGUAUUAUUACUAUGUGGCUUAAACAUGUAAAUUGAUAAAGCAAAAGCACUGCGGGGUAAGAUGGGACACCGUUUGCAUAUGAUAUCUAAAUAUCUUGAUCAUGUUUUAAACAACGGUCUAUAGGAGUCGUGGGAAUGAGGUUUUAAAAUUCGUUGAAUUUUCUUAAUAAAAGAUGUCCCAUCUCCCCCACCCUACUAUGUAUGUGUAUUAUUCGAAAAAGAGUGCAAGUCAGUAGGAUAUCUAUGUAAGAAAGAAUGAUAAUGUUAUCGGGUUUUUAACAUUUCUUUUAAAACCUUAAUUUUACGACAUAAACACUUGUCACAUUUG